UGGAAGCUGUUUUAGCGCGAAACUAAUCACGAGCUACGGAACCCUCCUCCAGAGACACAACGACAUUCCACUGUCUACCCCACAUUCACACAGCGCAGCGAUGCCUGGUCUCGUCCGGAGUGGGCGGAAGCGCCCUUCGCCUGAAGAGUCCGAAGACUCCUCCGACUCAGACCUGCCCACACCCGUCUCUGUCAACGGCAAACGCGCUCGCUAUGGCCGCGACGCGUCUGACAGCAGUCCCGCUCCUUCGAAUGGCAACCACAACCGCCAGCACACCCAGAACCUUUCAGCAAACGGUGCAUACAACGAGGAUGUCUUUCAGUCUGGAUCGAUCGUACGAGUCAAACUCAAGAAUUUCGUCACGUAUACCGCCGCCGAAUUCCACCUGGGGCCCAGCUUGAACAUGAUCAUCGGACCAAACGGAACAGGAAAGAGCACACUCGUAUGUGCCAUUUGCUUGGGUCUAGGGUGGUCAUCUGAACAUUUGGGAAGAGCAAAGGAAUUGAGCGCAUUUGUCAAGCAUGGUGCCGAUGAAGCCGAGAUCGAGAUCGAACUGGCCAAAGCGGAGGGCAUGCGGGCGAAUCCAGUUGUCACACGUAUAUUGCGCAGAGCGGAUAACAAGACAGUCUUUCUGCUCAACGGAAAGCAUUCAACCAAAAACGCUGUCAUGGAGAUGUGUAAGCGCUUCUCUAUCCAGAUCGACAACUUAUGUCAAUUCUUGCCUCAGGACCGGGUUGUGGAGUUUGCCAAGAUGAAGGAUACAGAGCGACUGCGAGCAACUCUGGGUGCUGCAGCUCCUCCAGAAAUGAGCGAGUGGCAUGACCAGCUCAAGGUUCUGCGUGAAGAAGAAAAGGUGCUUGAGGUCAAGCGACACAACGAUGAAGAGCAUCUUAAGAAGUUAGAAGCCCUGCAGAACACUACACGAGGAGAUGUUGAGAGGUGGAACCAGCGCCAAGAGCUCGCAUCGAAAACGGUAGCUCUCGAGAAAGUCCGACCGAUCAUCCAAUUAAGGCUACACAAACAGGAGUUCGAACGGGUGAAGGCAAAUUGGGAAGCAGCAAAACAGGAGUUGACGCAACUCCAUGAAGAAGUUGAGCCCAUCAGGCAAGCUGGAGCGGCUGCGCAGACCUAUCAUGAUCAAGUCAACCAAGUUGUCCAACGACGCAGGCAGAUGAUGGACAUGAUCAAGAAGCAAGCAGAGAAGAAGGCCCAGGCGAUCAGCGCGGAGAACAAGACUAUCGAGGAACACCAAGGUCAAAUCACAAGCGAGAUGCGCGAUAAGCAAGGCCGACAACAGGACAUCGCUCGCUUGACAAAGAAAAACGCAGACCUCGAGCGAAAGCGGCAAGAACAGCCAGUCGAUUACGAUCGAGAAGCAUAUCAGCAGCGAAAAGAAGAGUUGCGUCAAGAGAUGUCAUCGGCCGAACGUCGGAUACUUGAUCUGAGGGGUACCAUGUCAUCUAUCCAAGCUCGAAUCCAAGAUUUCAGAGCUCAGAGGACUGCGGUAAAGCAACAACGAGAGCGCCUUGAUACUCAGAGUGGCAAGCAAACCAGUCUACUUCAGAAGAUCUCUCCAGAAACAGCCAAGGCUUGGGAGUGGUUCGAGAUGAACAAGGCGCAACUGCCUCUAAAGGGCGAAGUCCAUGGACCACCAAUCUUGACAUGUUCGCUGACAGAUCCCAAAUACGCGGACGCUGUUGAAAGUCAGAUGAGACUAGGUGAUGCCGUCGCUAUCACGUGCACAAACAAUGACGACCAGAGGCUCCUCCUUCGCGAAAUGACACAUAAAGAUAAGCUUGGGCUACAUGGCAUCUACCUCAGGACAUCGCCAAAGCCAUUGUCUGCCUACUCACCUCCCGUGCCUAACUCGGACUUAUCACAGUAUGGGUUUGAAGGCUACCUCCGCGACUACAUCACGGGACCCGACCCGGUCAUUGCAAUGCUUUGCGACAACGUAAGACUUAAUAGGGUUGCGUUUGUUACAAAAGCUAUCACCGAUCAGCAGCAUGCAGCUGCAUCGAGCAGUCCAAUCCAGGCAUGGGUCAGUGGCAGAGAAGCGUACAGGAUCACCACGCGAAGGGAGUACGGCGUAUCGUCUACCUCUGUCAACCACCUCAAGCGGGGACAGUUCUUUGUAGAUCAGCCUAUCAACUCAGAUGAAAAGUUGCAACUCGACGAACAACUACGCAACAUGGAUCGCGAAGGCUAUGAGAUGAAAACGGAACACGACGAGGCCAAGGCUGAAGUUCAGAAACUCAUGGAGGAAGUCAAAGCAGUGAAAGAACAAAGGGACGAGAUCGUAAGAGAGGAAAAGGAGAGGAAAAAGGCGAUUGCGGAAUGGGAAGCUCUUCCUCGCAUGAUUGACCAAAACAAAGCGGAGUUACAGCAGCACCUCGACCUGAACGCACAAACGAGCAACCGUAUUAGGGAGAUCAAGGCCCAGUCACGACAGUGUUCCCUCAAGAUUGCUAGCCUUACGCUGGAGUACGCUAAAUAUGUUACCGAGUUCCGUCGCCUCCAUGAAAACGUCGUCGAAGCUGAGAUUCGUCUGAUUGAAGCUGCAUCGGAAGUCAGGGCGCUCGAGAAGGAGAACAAGCUUGUCCUCGAGCGCCUCCGGUCGAGGGAGACUCAGGUCAAGCAGCUGGAGCAGGCUAAGAACACCAUGAAGGAAGAGAUUAGGAGAGAGCAUCGAGCAACUCAAGCGCUAGUCAACAGCUGCACGGAAGAGGAGCACGAGAUCGUUGUGUCGUACAAGGACCUCGAAUCUGUUGCUGCGCUGGAUGAUGAGAUUCAGUCGGUCAACGCCAGGCUCGAGAUGAUGUCUGCAGGAGACGGUUCAGUUGUUAAGACCUACGAGAACCGCGAAGUACAGAUCGGAAAGACCCGAGAUUCUUUGGAGAAGCACGUCGCAGCCUUGGAAGAAGCGCAGAGCAAGAUCGCGGAAAUUAAGGGCCCCUUCGUGGAGCAGCUGGAUGAACUCAUCGAGAAGAUCAGUGCUGCGUUCGCCCAUAACUUCGAACAGAUCGGCUGCGCUGGCGAAGUUUCGGUGUACAAGGAUGAGGACGACUUCAAUGCCUGGUCCAUCCAGAUCUCGGUCCGCUUCCGUGAGGGCGAGUCUAUGUCCGUCCUCAACGCCAACCGUCAAUCUGGCGGUGAGCGCGCUGUCUCGACUAUUUUCUAUCUGAUGGCCCUCCAAGACCUCGCACAGGCACCAUUCCGCGUUGUCGACGAGAUCAAUCAAGGUAUGGAUCCACGUAACGAGCGUAUGGUACACGAGCGAAUGGUCGACAUCGCCUGCCAAGAGCGUACGAGCCAAUAUUUCCUCAUCACACCGAAGUUGCUCUCGGGCCUGAAAUUCCACUCUAAGAUGAAGGUCCAUGUCAUCAACAGCGGUGAACACGUACCGAAGAGUACGACCUCCAAGGAUGAGUGGAACCUCAAGGACAUGGCGAAGGUUGCGCUUGCGGUUAGAGGACGUGUUAGUGCUGCUGCCUAAGCUCUCGGAGCAACACUUCUCGAUGGUUUGCAAAGGCGUUAUCGGUUGGGAGGCUAUCUCUGCAUUUUCCAUGGGCACAGAUACCAAGUUCGGGCCGUUUUACACAGUGAUGGGGGCGUAGCGUCAUCCGUACGACUGCUCUUGCGACAUCAGCUUCGCUUUGCUAAACAUAGCCGUGCUACUAUGCGUAACGCAUAUGAUAGCAAAACAAGCUCAUUCGAAAAAUAUUCUUUCAGCCUUUGCGGUGCAUAC